AUGCACUUUGCUCCUCUAAGAAUCCUCCUGCUCCCGAAAAUCCUCCUGCUCCUGGGAAUCCUCCUGCUCCAGGCGGCGGUGGCGGCAGAGGCGGGGGUGGAGGGCGUGGUGGACGAAGGGAAUGACGAGAUCGAAGACCCCGCAGCACAGGAGGAGGAGUACCAGCGCCGCCGUUUGGAGGAGGAGUACCAGCGCAUGCAGGAGAUGUCUCCUGUUCGUGAGACAUUCGAGGACGAAGCAGGACCGUCCGAGCCUCGCGUGGAGGACAAGGAGGUGUCCCCAGACAAGGGCAAGGGGAAAACUAAGGUCACCCCCAAGAGAACCAAAAAAUAA